GACUUAGAUUCAUCACAGUAUCCUUCGUCAGGAAGUCGAUAUCAAAUAUAAACCCAACUCACACUCCACGAAUUUUGCUUUCUUACUUCAAAAAUCUUGCAGAAUUCUUAAUAUAAAUAAUGGAAAUCCCAAAUACUGCCCAAAAUCUUCAAGCAAAUCCCAAGAAACGGCCUUCUGAUUGCAAUGUCAACAUCCAAGACUCAAACUACUUCAAGAUUCGAGCCGUUCUUAAGGAUCUUCGUCCUCAUUUCCUUGAGGUUCUCCGGACUCCAGAUUUUCAGACUUCCAAAGCCGCUUUGGAAAUCGGGCAACAAAUGAAGGUUUUGAUGAAGCUAUACGAGGAGAUGACAUCAGAGUCGGUGACUAUGGAAAGGUGUAAAAAUUUAGCCGAUGGCGGUCAUGAUCAGAAAAAGCCAGCAGAUGGAAAAGCGACAGAGACACAGCCACCACCGCCAUUAGAGAAGGAGAGGGUGUUCAUCAGAAAAGCUUCUGAAGAGAGGCCUACGUCGGAGAUGCUAGAAGCAGCAACGCAGCAGGGUAGCUACAUCGUCGGAGGGUCGGCUUUCGGUUGGAAUUUUAUCACUUAUCCAUCCAGCAUAUUGGCAGCUUAUUAUGGUAGAGGAAAAGAGGAGUUUAGAGCAGCUAAUCCAAUAAUGCCACCAACAUUGGAGAACCUUGAUUGAUUAGCAUACAUACAACCACCAUAUGAUAUCCCCCAAUCUGUUGCUAUGUAAGGUUGUAAGGUAUGGUUUGUUUGAAGAGAAUGUGCAUCAAUGGGUUGUACUUUGGGAUGUGCAAUGGAUGAUUUAGAAGGAAAUUGAUCUGGUGCAUCUCGAUGCAUCUUGUUAGAAGGGAAUUGUGUUUUAGAAUGUGCAUCAAUGGGUUGUACUUUUGAUUACUUUUAAUUUCAUGUCCACCUAUGAAUUGUGUUUUAGAAGGGAAUUGAUCCGGUGCAUCUCGAUGCAUCUUGUUAGUGUUGACAUUUAGUUAUGAUUGAUUUAAUGGUGGAUAUCUCUUCUUACUAUUCUCA